AUGGCACGAACGAAACAGACCGCGCGGAAGUCCACUGGCGGCAAGGCGCCACGGAAGCAGCUGGCUACCAAAGUAGCUCGUAAGAGCGCGCCAGCUACCGGGGGUGUGAAGAAACCUCACCGGUACCGUCCGGGCACUGUAGCACUGCGAGAGAUUCGUCGCUUCCAGAAGUCCACGGAGCUUCUGAUCCGCAAGCUGCCGUUCCAGCGCCUGGUACGCGAGAUUGCGCAGGACUUCAAGACCGACUUGCGCUUCCAGAGCUCCGCUGUGAUGGCAAUGCAGGAAGCUUGUGAGGCGUAUCUGGUCUGUCUUUUUGAAGACACCAACUUGUGUGCCAUACAUGCCAAGCGUGUUACUAUCAUGCCGAAGGAUAUUCAGCUGGCACGCCGUAUCCGCGGAGAGCGUGUGUAG